GGGCUUGGGCAGCACUCUAGCCAGCACGCUAGUCUAGCCUCAUCUCUCCAUAGGACGAGACUAGCAAGGAAGUGUUCUAGCAAGGUUGCAGCCUUCACUUUGGGAAAAAGCCGUUUCUCUACCUCUGAACUACUCCUGCAUGAUGGCAGUGUGCCACACAGCUCAAAAGAGGGUACUGGUGACAGGCGGUUCUGGCUUGGUGGGAAGAGCCAUACAACAUGUGAUCAACGAAGAGGGGGGAGGAAAGGAUGGGGAAGAGUGGAUUUUUCUCUCCUCCAAAGAUGCCGACCUAAUGAACAAGGAGGAAACGCAAGCCGUAUUCCAAAAGCAUAAGCCCACACAUGUCAUUCAUUUGGCCGCAAUGGUGGGCGGUCUCUUUAAGAACAUGAGGGUGAAUUUGGACUUCUGGAGGAACAACAUCUACAUCAAUGACAAUGUGCUGCAGGCAGCACACGAAGUGGAUGCAGUAAAAGUGGUUUCCUGCCUUUCUACAUGCAUAUUUCCAGACAAGACCACCUAUCCUAUCGACGAAACAAUGAUUCAUAAUGGUCCACCACACGCAUCUAACUUUGGCUACUCCUAUGCAAAAAGAAUGAUAGAUGUGCAUAAUAGGGCUUAUUUUGAGCAGUAUGGGCGUAGCUACACAUCUGUGAUUCCUACCAAUGUGUUUGGUCCUCAUGACAACUUUAACAUUGAGGAUGGACACGUGCUUCCUGGCUUAAUACACAAAGCCUACAGGGCUCAAAAGGAGGGGAAGCCCUUGGUAGUAUGGGGUUCUGGCACGCCUAGAAGGCAAUUCAUCUACUCUUUGGACCUGGCCCGUCUGGUCCUGUGGGUGGUGAGGGACUAUAAUGAGGUUGAGCCCAUCAUACUCUCUGUUGGAGAGGAAGAAGAGGUGUCCAUCAAAGAAGCAGCCGAGGCAGUGGUGCGAGCACUAGACUUCAAAGAAGAAGUGGUUUAUGACACAGAUAAAUCAGAUGGUCAGUUCAAAAAGACCGCCAGUAAUGCAAAGUUGAUGCGCUACCUCCCAAACUUUGCCUUUACGCCGUUUGAAAAAGCUUUGAAGGAAACCUGUGAUUGGUUUGUGGCCAACUACGACAACGCACGCAAGUGAAACGCUGAGAUGGAAGGGUUUCAGUUGAUAAGGACAUUAAAAGACAUGUGUUGGGCUAUAGGUUAAGUUUUGCUAUGGGAACUUUUUUAAUCUUUUUAAUCAAGUCAAGUCAAGUUUAUUUAUAUAGCACAUUUUAAAACAACAGUAGUUGACCAAAGUGCUGUACACGAAUACAAUAUAAAAAAAAAAGAACAAGAAGGCUUAAUAUUGCAUAUUAGCAACAACAAUGAAUAAGAUAAAAUAAAAUCUUAAUCUGUAUUAAAAGCCAAUGUAAAAAAGUGAGUCUUUAGUUGUGUUUUGAACUGUUCCAUGGACUGGGCAGAUCUCAGACUCAGGGGGAGACUGUUCCAAAGAUUAGGAGCGGCCACAGCGAAGGCUCUGCGCCUUUUGUUUUUUGUCUGCACCUGGGUACAUCCAGCAGCAUGAGCUGACCGAAUUUCUCUAGAUGGAGCAUGGAUGCAGACCAGCUCUGACAUAUAUUUAGGUGCCAGCCCAUGUAGCGAUUUAAAAGUAAACAACAAAAUUUUGAAUUGAAUUCUAAAAACCACAGGAAGCCAGUGGAGAGAGGCCAGGACAGGGGUAAUGUGGUCAUAUCGCCUUUUUCCAGUGAGGAGAUGUGCAGCAGCAUUUUGGACCAGUUGCAGGCGACGGAGCAGACAUUUGUCCACACCAAAGUAUAGAGAAUUACAGUAGUCUAGACGGGACAUUACGAACAGGUGAAUGACUCUUUCAAAGUCCUUUGGUGGGAGAUACGGCUUUACUUUCGCUAGGAGUCGCAGCUGGAAGAAGCUUGUCUUCACAACUGAGCUUAUUUGCUUGUUAAAUUUAAAACCAGUCGAAAAUAACUGAGGUUUCUGACAGAAGGGUGGCUGUAGGAGGCAAGGGGACCAAGAACACUGUCGAUGCCAUCCAGCAGUUCGGAUUUGCCAAAAACAAUUAUUUCGGUUUUUUCAUUGUUUAGUGAUAGGAAGUUAAAGUUCCAACCAGGUUUUCACAUCUUUCAGACAGUUUGACAAUGCAUUUGUUGAUUCUUUGUUUGAUUUUAAUGGCAGGUAUAUUUGUAGAUCAUCUGCGAAGCAGUGGAACGAGAUGUUGUGUUUUUUAAAAAUGGAACCUAGGGGCAGCAGAUAUAACGCAAAAAGAAUUGGAGAUAAAAUAGAGCCUUGGGGGACCCCACAGACUAGUGGGGCUGCAGCUGAGGAGUACUGGCCUAGAUGAACAGAGAAGGUUCUCUUGGACAGAUAUGACUUGAACCAUUUUAGGACAUUCCCAGUAAUACCAACACAGAGUUCCAGGCGGGAUAAAAGAAUCUGGUGGUCGACUGUGUCAAAGGCAGCAGUCAAGUCUAAAAGCACGAGCGCAGCAGAGCUCCCCGAGUCGACAGUUAAAAGAUCAUUAAAGAUUUUUAAAAGUGCCGUUUCUGUGCUGUGGCGUGAUUUAAAACCAGACUGAAACUUUUCUGUUAUGUCAUUAAAAUCCAGGUGUACCUGCAGUUGUUCUAAAACUACUUUUUCUAACACUUUAGAGAGGAAGGGAAGCUUAGAGAUAGGCCUAAAGCUGGAGAGAACAGAGGGGUCGACGUUGUGUUUUUUUAUAAUUGGCUGGACUAUAGCAUGUUUAAAAACAGAUGUUUAUUAACGUUAAAAUGUAUGGGCCAACAGUGUUAGACACGUCUUUCAGUAAUCUGGCAGGAAUACUGUCUAGCGGAUAUUGUGAAGGUCUCAAUUUUGUAACCACCUGCGAUAGCUCAGAGAGCGACAGUGGGUAGAACUGCUCGAAGACAGUAGGGCAUACAGGAGAUGCCGCUGGAUCUACGGUGGACAGAGGAGGUGAAGAUUUGAAUGGGUGUAAACAAUUCAAACUUGGCAUUUGUCUUCCUCCUAACACUGAUGCAACAAAAUAAACUAGACUGCUUCUUUAAAUGGUCCAGCUCAUUGCAUAAAGAUGUAAAAUAUUCUGGCAAUCAAAGCACAUACAUACAUCAAAAGAUCUUAAAUGAGUUUGAAACAGUGUUCAUCGUUAUGUGCUUUUACGUUUAGAGGAAUGAGUGACAAAGAAUUACCGGAAGACUAAUACAAAAGUAAAAAUAAUUUAUUCAAAUAAACUUGUGAAAUAUAAAAAGACAAUGCUUUAAAUAUGCCUCUCUCCAGUUAACAACAAAAACAAACAUUUAAAAAAAUAAGUCCAAGGAAGGCUUUUCAGGGGUUGACAUAAGUGUAGCCUCCUUCAUGUACUUUGCAGUAUUCAUGUCCCCGGGUGGCGCUCCUCUUACAAGCCUUGCCCGUCUUAGUGAUGCCAUUGCACAACUGGCGCCGUGAUAAAGUGCUACCAUUGGAAAUAACAAAGGGAAGUGGAAGGCAGAAAAAAGGACCGAAUGAAAGUGUGAUCAUUGCCAUUACAUUUCGAACAAAUGUAGGUCCAAAUGUUUGAAGAAAAUAACACAUACCUGUUGCCUGCUAGUGAGGUGUUGAAACUAGAAUUAUGUGUAUCACUCACACUAUCAAAAACAUGGCCUAGGUUUCUUAGAGGAACGACCUUGAUUACAUCCUGUGAAAUAAAACCAAAGUUGAUUAAUAAACAUUUCUGAAGUCUUU